GUUUGUAGCGUCACUGAGUCACGCCUGCAACACAACACACCCACCCUCUUGGGUUGUCAGGACGGACUACUUACAUUUAGAUUUUAAAUCGGGGUGACAGUCUUCAACAACAUCGUGCUUGGAAUAAACCGAACUAGUUUGUACGGCCACACCUGAAAUUUCAAACACAUAAUUAGCUGAUAAUUUACAAGUUUCGUGGCAGUUGGACAGUCACGUUGGGGGAAAAAAAUCCUAUUUUCUUGCGCUCUUUGAACUCAUCUAUUAAAGGAACACAGACUUGUCGAAGACGUGCGGGAACCGAACAAACUAAAAGAAGCUAAAAACUAGAAGAGACCAAGACAAAGUUCUCAAACCUCGCGCGACCAUUACAAAACGCGAAGGCUUGUGCGUUGUUUCCUGUUGCCAGGGUUCUUAUAAAGCUGGUGGCGAGUUGUACAUGCAGUCAGUGGAUCCGUUGACAGCUGCCUGCCUGUCUCACCAGUAUUGAUAGCCACAGACGCACAGACCGAAAUGCAGAAUGGGAAAAGCCGAUUGCAGCAGGCCCAGGAGGAUGCGGAGGAGGUGAAGGACAUCAUGCUGGAGAAUCUUAACAAGGCGGAAGAGCGAUCUGGUAAACUGGGUGACCUGGAAGACAGAGCUGAUGAGCUGCUGAGAAAGAGUAAAGCCUUUGAGAAGAAAUCCAAUCAAGUAAAGGAAACAAAAAGAUGGAAGAAUAAGAAGAUGAAAAUUAUUUUAAUUGCAGUCGCAGUCGUUGUGGCCCUUGUCGUAGUUGGACUCAUCAUCUUUCUCACUGCAUCAUAGCAGAUUCCAGUGUGGAAAGUCAAUUAUUGGGACUCGACAACCUGAUGUGGACUAACACUUAAAAAAAAAAAAAAAAAAAACAAUCCAGGAUGAUUUUUGCCUGAAUGUUGAAGUCUGAAUUUAGCAAUAUUUAUGGGACUAUCUUUCAGUCUCGACCCUUUGUAUGAGAUAAUGGUACCAUUAAUAGCUGCUUUUCUUGUUUCCAGAAUUUGUUGCAUCCAGCCCACAUUGGAAAAGAAAGAUUUUUUUGUGUUAUUAUUAUUUUGACUUUGCAAACACAUUUUGGUCAAUUUACACAGUUUGUUAUAAACCUGAAUCAUUCGUCUACAUCUAUGGGAAAAAAAAUAGAUUUCUGUUUUCAAUGUAACUCACUUUACUGAGAGUUUUGUAAUUUAUCGAGUGAAUCGCUGUAUAAAAUAUUGAUACCAACUCCUGCUUUGUUUUUGUGUUUUUUUUUUCGCAUUUCCAGUUAUGUUAAAUUUUGAGGACACAUUUGCAGUACCCCCUGCUGGCUGAUGACCAUUCUACAUUUUACAUAAUUGUCAAAAUUCUAGACAUGUGAGCCCUACUGCUUUGGGUAACCACAUGAAAAUAGUUUUUUUUUUUUUUUAAGGUCCAUUUUCAACAAUUCAAAAGUGUUUUUAUGGCAUUGCAGUUUGUUGGUUUUAAAUUGUGAUUGCUUUAGUAAACCGUAUUCAAAAUGGCAGAGAAAAAAAUAUUGUGUAGAUUUGCAAGUGAUGUUUUUCAUUAAUAUUUCUGUCUGAACUGUUUUUUGCUUUUAUUUGAUCUGUUUUCCUCUUUUUAGAUUGGCCUUUCUUCCAUGUAUCGAUAUGCUGAUGUUGCUGACCAGAAUUAUAUCCACUGCGACCCCAAAACGUCAAGUAACUUUCCCAAUUCAGAAUGAAUCUUUAUUAGCUAAGUAUGCUAAAAACACACAAAAUUUGUUGAUCAAUCAUGCAAGCAGAAGGCUUAUGUACUAGUAUAAUGUUAUGAAGACACCAUAUAAAGAGGAUUUUAGGUCACGAGCAUGUCACAGGUUUAUUGUCUUCAGCAUUACUGCAGUUACAAAAAAUGUCAAGUUCACGCAUUAUAUUUCAAGUGGAAUUCAUUUCAAGACAAAUUUGUUGAUUGGUUAACGUCAUCAUCGAAGAGAUACAGUAGUGUUAAAAUUAUCCAACACCCACAGUAGAUUUUUUUUGCAAGUUUGACAUUUAUUUUUCAUCUUGUUUAUAAUCAUAUUCAUUAAUGACAUGUCAAAUAGACAACUACAACUGAAAAACCAAAAAUAUUUUUUGGAAUAUUCAAAUUUACGGCCUCUCUGUUAUUAUUUCAUUGACAAAAUUAUUCAACACCUUAGGUACAGUAUGUAUAAAUUUGGCACUUUGCACAACAUCCUUUGCAACGAUAACAUCCUUUAGACGUGAAGCAUAGCUCGACAGGCACGUGCAGAGUCGGGGGGGUGCUUGAGCACCUGCCCCUUUGCCCCUACAUGCCCAAAGUACCCCUUUUGACUGGGCUUUUUGUUGUUGUUGUGCAUAUGUGUGUUCUGGCCGACUGUGCAGACACGCCACCAAGUACUUUACUUGAACACCGAAAGCAAAAGAAACGAAAAAACCCCCGAAAAAAGCCAUAUGUUUGCCACUAAGCCGCUGCAUAACCCCGCUCCCCUGCACUUUGUUCCUCUUUGACCUGGGUGUGGGGUGAGGAGUCUGAGGACGUCUGGUGGUUGGAAACGGUGUUACCCUUAUAAACAGUGUUCGAGCAAAUAGUGAAAAUUCUUGCACCAGGUUUAUUGUGGGGAUAUGAAAAAACAAAUAAUACGUAUAUUUAAGUAUAUUUUUUUCAUGGGACAACCCUGACUGACACUUUGACACAAUGAGAAGUAGUCUGUGUGCAGCUUAUAUAAUAGAGUUAAUUUAUUUUCCCCUCAAAACAAGUCAAAAUAUAGCAAUUAAUAUCUAAACUACUGGCCACAAAAGUGAGUACACCCCUUAGACACUGCAUCCCUAAAUGUCCAAAUUGAGUAUUACUUCACAUUUUCCCUCCAAAAUGUCCCCGGCCCGGUGGUUGAGGACCCCUUUUCUAGAGGGAAGGGGAAAAGAUUAGCUCUCUCAUACAUCUGAGUGAUCAUCACCUUGACAAUUCAAAUCGAAAAUGACUAUCAUUCUAUAAUUCCGUUCUGUUAUCAUGUUGUUUUGCCAGUUCCCAUUUCACUCUGUUCACCACAUCAACUUUUGCAACUUUCUGUUUGACUGCUAACCACAUUAAUUCUCUAUUACAUGCUGCAUCUACACUGUAAACCACAUUAACCUUCUGUAGGUCGUGUAGACUUUCUAUAAGCCUAACAAAUAGGAAACAUCUGUUGUAAAAAAAAAAAUAACUCAAUAAACAUUUUCGCACAUUUAGCCACUGACAAAAUAGCAGGUCACUAAAAUAGCAAUGGAGUCAUUGAUCAGAUCGGUAAAUUGAGACAUUAAAGCCGGGCUUAGAAUUUGCCUGAAAUUAUAAAUAUCAGAUUAUAAUAAUAAUAAUAAUAAUAAUAAAUAGCUGCACAUUAGGGAAACCUAUACAAUUUUCCCCCUCGACAUUGAUUCAAUGCAAACUCUACACACAAUAUCAACUGAAUAAGCGGAGAAAUAAAACGUACAACUUGGGAAUUGUUAUCUUUAAGGCAGGAUUUUGGUAUACAGGGAUCCCUCAUUUUUCGUGGUUAAUAGGACCAGAACCCGUCGUGAUAAGUAAAAAACGCGAAGUAGCCCCCCCCCCAAACAAAAUUUAAAAAUUUGUAUGUGUGUUCAAUGUAUUUAUUGAGAUUUAGCAUUGAAAAGAGAUACUGUACAUAUAAGACCUGUUUUUCACUCCCCCCCAAACUAAUUAAAAAAAAAUAUAUAUAUAUGUAUUAUAAUUAUUUUAAUAUUUAUUAUUAUAACAUAUCUUAAUAAACGGUUUUUAAGCUCUUCAAAUGUAAUAAUAAUGUUUUUAACAUUUUACUGUCCCACCGAAUUAUUUUUAUAAAAAGAAUAAAGUAGAAAAAUGCUUAUCUUUAUUAAAUGCUUCAUUGAGUGAGUCCACUCAAAUCUGCUCAAGCUGCCCACUUACACACAAUGAGUUGCCACAGCAACAGUUUAACAAGUUAAAUGAUGAUAGACGCAUGUGGCGCUUUUAAGUUUCGGCUUCCAAGCAGUGUUGUUUUUGGCAGCCAUUUUAAUUUUCGUCUUAGUCUUUUGGAUGAAUAUACUUAUUAGUCUUGAUCAUAGUUUAGUCAUUUCAAAAUGUGUUCGUCUUCGUCUAGUUUUAGUCAAUAAAAACAGACAAAUUUCGCCUAGUUUUAGUCUACAGUUC